CAUUCCCAAACCUUGGCCCGAUGGAGGUGGAGGCAGCUGUGAGGAAGAGGAAGAUGCCCCAGGACACCCAGGCAGACAAGGAGCUGAGGAUGGAGACCAGGGAGGACAAAUCCCCACAGCAGAACCUCGUGGAAGAGGCUGUUUUGAGUGUCUCCACAGCCCAGGAAUCCAACGGGGAGGAAAAGCCACGGAGAUCCUGGACGAGGAGGGGCUGCAAACGCAGAUCACAGGGAUCCAAGGGGAUAAGAGCCACCUUGGGCCGGAGAGGCGGCCGGAGCGCAGAGCUGGGGUUCCAUGAGCAGCUUCACAAUGGAGAGAAGUCCUACAAGUGCUCAAAAUGUGGGAAGAGCUUAAGCCAGAGAUCCUCUCUGAUCCGCCACCAGAUAAUCCACACCAGGGAGAGGCCCUAUGAGUGUGAGAAAUGCAGGAAGAGGUUUCAUAACAGAUCCACUCUCCUCAGGCAUCAGCGGAUUCACACGGAUGAGAGGCCCUUCUGCUGCCCCGACUGUGGGAAGGGCUUCAAGCACAGCUCCACCCUCGUCAAUCACCGACGCAUCCACACCAGGGAGAGGCCCUAUGAGUGUGGGGAGUGUGGGAUGAGCUUCACCCAGAGCUCCACCCUGACUGCCCACCAGAGGAUCCACACAGGGGAACGGCCCUAUGAGUGUGGGCAGUGUAAGAAGAGCUUCAGACGGAGCUGCCACCUGAUCCACCACAUGGGAGUCAAUUGCUGUGUAAAAACGCUCGCUCACGGAGUCCACACAGGGAAACGGCCCUAUGAGUGUUGGGAGUGUGGGAAGAGCUUCAGGAGGAGCUCCGAACUGAUCAUUCACCAGAGGAGCCACACAGGAGAGCGGCCUUACGAGUGUGAUAAAUGCAGGAAGAGGUUUCACAGCACUUCCCAUCUCCUCCUGCACCAGCGGAUUCACACAGACGAGAGGCCCUUCCGCUGCCCUGACUGCAGGAAGGGCUUCAGGCAAAACUCCACCCUCAUCAGGCACCGGUGCAUCCACACUGGGGAGAGGCCCUACGUGUGUCCCGAGUGUGGGAAGAGCUUCUCCAGGAGCUCAAACUUGACCCAACACCAAUGGAGGCUCCACAGAGGUGCAAGUGCCCCGGGGGUGGGAAGAGCAUCAUGUGCUGCACCAGCUCCAUCCCUCGUGGGAGGAUCUGCAUUGGAUGAUCCCCAGUGACCCCCAGUGGGCAGGGCCCCAGUGAUCUGUGCGGGGAAGACACCUGGCUGGGGGACUCCACUUCCUCCUGGAUCUCUGUGGGCACCUGGACACAUCCACAGACCAACAUCAGAAAUCCAUUGUGGACAGCAGAUUUGUUGACUUCUGACCCCAAAACUCACUUUUUGCAUCCUCUGUAAAGUGGUGACAUCAAGCAUCAAGCAACACUGGAUGGCCUUGGCCUGCUCCAACAUAAAUCCAUCCUUUAAAUUCCCUCUGGCCCACGGGCAUCUUCCACAGCCAAAUGGGGAUGGAUUGGGGAAAAACUCACAAUUUUGGAGACAGUGGGGUGAAAACCCUUCCAAAAAUGGUUCUUCCCACCCACCCAAGCAUGUGGAUGCUCUGCCAGCAGGGACACCUAAAUCUUUUUGUUUUGGCCUUGAAAGGAAAAGGUUUCUGUUCAUCCCUUUGAAAGCCCUGAAACAGGGGUAAAAAUAAAGAUGUUGAGCUAAGGCAUGG